UUCUGUGAAAACUAAAUAUUAUUUUGAGUUUGCUUGGUUUGAUUGAGGUUUGAUUGGAUCGAUAUGGUCACCAUUUUCUGUUAGUCUGUAUGCAAUUUAGUUGCAUUUGAUAAAAUAUUUAAAUUAUAGAUAUGGCGACUGAACAAAUAUUUCUUAUGAAUUCGGAUAAUAGUCACCCGUCUCCGACAACCCAGAAGCCUUUCGAAAUGUCAGAAGAACCGAUUCAAAUGGACAUCGAGAGUAUUCAUGACUUCUCGAAUGUGUGUAGGACCUGCGCUGCAGUCAGUGAGUUUGUCAUCCCUAUAUUUGAGGGUGAAGGGCUGCAGAACAACCUGGCUGACAAGAUAAGCAAGCAUUUACCUAUUCAGGUAAGCGAGACGGACAUGCUGCCGCGCGUGGUGUGCUACCAGUGCGCCAGUACGCUGCUGGCGUGGCAUGAGCUGGUCUCGUGCUGCGUGCAGGCCGACGCUGCGCUGCGCACGCGCAUGCCUGUACCUUAUGCUGACCAGGCCACAACAACGAAACAAGAAAAUUGCCAAAAUUCGAACAAGAUUCCUGAAGAAAAGUUCAAGGAUAUGUCAUCGUUCCGAGCGCCGCCACGUGACCCACCCAAGUAUGCGGAGAUUUCAACUUGCCUCGCCGUCGCGGAGCCGACCAAGCCCUGCAGAUACUGCAAGGCCAAGGUGGCAGAACACGUGUACCAGGACCAUCUGAUAGGCGCGCAUUCCUUGCUGGUAUCCUUUUGCGAUAAGUGCCACAUCUACAUAGAUCGCAAAGUGUUCGGGACACACAUGAUGGAACACGCUAUGUCAAACAAACGAAGAAAUAGGGAUCGUAAUCAAAAUAGUCACCCACCACCUAAUUAUCCCACGCCAGCAAUGCUACCUUACAUCUUUCCGGAUGACGAAGAAUCAUCAGAUAAUCUCGCAGAUAAGAGCGAUAUGAACAAUAAAAGUGGUCCCAUAUCGCAGUCAAAAGCAGGUGAACUUUCUAAAAACCAACCAGACAUCAAACCGAAAGCAGAAACGGCCGACACAAAAAGCUCGAUCAAGGCUAAGUGGUCCCGCUCGUGCCCGAUCUGCUCCAAACCGUACACCGCGCCGUCCAGCUUUUUCUACCACAUGAAGCACUCGCACAGCGCCGCCAAGGAGCACGAGUGUGACGUGUGCGGCAAGAAGUUCACGAGCAAGGCCAACCUGGCGCAGCACGUCGCCAUCCACGCCGACGAGUACAAGUACUCGUGCAAGUCGUGCGACAAGCGGUUCAAGACGCGGGCGAGCCUGUACAUACACUCGCAGACGCACGCGUGCCCGGAGGCGCGGCCCGCGCCGCACGCGUGCGACGCGUGCGGGCGGCGCUUCCGCUGGCGCGCGGCGCUGAAGCGGCACGCGGCGCGCCACGCCGACGCGCGCGCGCACUCGUGCGACACGUGCUCGCGCGCGUUCAGCGUGCGCGGCGACCUGCUGCGCCACGCGCGCACGCACGCCGCCGGCGCCGCCGCCUGCGCCUGCCCGCACUGCGGACUCGAGUUCGCGCAACAGCGAUACCUCAACGUGCACGUCGCCAACAAACAUUCUCCCAACAAACGGAUCAAGAAAGAAAAAUAAAUUAUUGUACGGAUUUACUACCUGCUGAGAAUGACUUGACGUAUUUUUUAUGUAAUUUUUCUACUUCUUACUUUGUAUGGAUAAUGAAUAUAUUAAGGUACCUGUCUACAAUGUUUAAUUCUGCCGCGGCACUUCGGACACACUGCACGUGAUAGUAAGUUUGGUGCAGUCUAAAUAUAAUACCGAUCAACAGGAAUUUCAUUUCUUCAAUUACAUUACAUUUCUAGUAUUUUGCCGACUUCAACUAUUUAUAUUCAUAUAUUUAUUAUCAACCAUACAUUACAUAGGUACUAGUAUAAAAAUGUAUUUAUUAAUGAUUGAUAGUAAUAUAUUCGUGUGAUAAAAACAAAAUUGAUAAUUAUUUUGGAAGAUAGAUUUUGUAUUCAAAGUGAUCGUGAUUGUGAUAUUAUUACUUAUUUAUUUCUAAAUUAUUUCACUUGAAGUGUUGAUUAUUAUUGAUGGUCCAGUCGCACCACAAGCUAGUGGCUACUAGAAGUGUCACACGAAUGUAUCGCUCACAUGUUUUGUACCGAAGCUUUGCAGCAAGCAGUAACAGCACAACUCAUAGUAUUAAAGUAUACAAUAUAGGUACUCAUAUUAUCGCCCAAACAGUAAUGGACUGUAUUUACUUAUUACUAAUCCAAGAGGAGCUUUAGUAAUUCUGUGCCCCGCGGGGACCAUCGCUGAUCUCACAGCCUAAGUAUGCUGUAACUUAGUAUUAGGACUACUUAUAAAAUAAGGUAUGUCAUAGUAUUCGUAAUAUUCCUACUGCUGGAACUUGUGUACUCUAUCCAGUAUUAUUUUGUAAGAUUUUGUCGGCAACGUCAUUACUUAUAAGUAACGACCUAUCCAUUGUAGCGGGUCGAGUAUCGCAUGGCGCGCGUUCUAGUUACUUAAGUAAUGUGAACUCUCAAAUUCUAGGCCUAAGUCCUAAAGCAUUUUUAAACAAAUAUAGCGUCGCAAUUGCGCAAACAAUAUUUGUUGGUGACCACGGGCGUAGUUAGAGGGGAUUGUCGCAAUAUUGGUUUGUGUCCAUUGUAGAAAAUUCUUUGCCUACCUUAUAAAAAGCCACGCGCUUACAGAGACCUCGCUUAAAGCAAACCUUUCGUUGAAUUCGGAUUUUUUUUUGUUACUGCCAGCUUCCCCCUACAAAAAAUCCGUAGCAACGCCAAUGGGUGUGACUGAGGCCUUUGCCGUUCCCAAUAUUUUAUCUCUGUAAUCUAAAGUGUGAGUCUUCAAAUAGUGUAUUUACUGAAUAUAUUUCAAAUGCAUUAGAUAGAUCACCUCGGAAAUAUGGACCCUUGUUUCAUGUGCGGUUCAAUAAAUCUAAAAUAAGGAAGUAAGCAUCAGUUCCUUCGCCUGCUAGUUUGUACAAUCAAUCAGCCAAUGUGUGUAAUGGCGUCAAUAUUUUUGUUUAUGAUAUAUAAUAAUAAUUCAGAUGAAAAUAUAGCGUGUAAUACUGAACGUUAAUUAUUUUUGUUUCUAUAAUAUAUAAGGUUUAAAGCAUUUUGUUGCUCUUGUACUAAACAUAAUCAUUGUAUGUAUUGAUUUAUACUUUAAAAAAAUUUAUACAGGGCCAUUUUGCUAUCGCGUUAGUAAAUUAAACCAUACUUAUCUUUUGAAAAUUUCCCUUCACAAUAAAUUAUUCAAACCGUAGAUGUAAAUUAGAAAUGUGAAGGUUACGAAAUUUUGAUUUUUUUUUUUAUUAACUACUACUGUUGUCACAACUAUUACGUUAAGAAAAUCUGUCGCAGAUGCAGCUGCAAUAUCUAUUUUCAGUCUGAAAUACACUCACGUAUACACCAUAUUCAUUCUAAACGACAAAAUGAUAAUGAUUUUUGACACAAUAUUAGUAGAGGUAGAGACAAGUAUUAAUUGUCAUAUACUAAAAAGCAAAGUCAAAAUGGCCCUGUUAAAUACUUGCGUAUUUUCUUUGUUUAAAACUUUGUGGCCUAACUGAUUGCUGGUAACCAGAGUUACAUAAUAAGAGACACUAUUUACUUUGCGGAUUUUAAGUGAAUUGUUGUAUACUUCGUCUGCAUCAAAAAUAAAUAAAUAUUGGGAACGGCUGAUAAUUUAAUGUGUACACUCGUGAAACGAGUAGUUCUAGCGCGUAAGUGGGUUCUGUCAUACAAUAAAUAAAUAACUUUCUAUAAGACA